AUGAAUCCAGUAGCCUCGCUCGCGCGGCGCAUCAACUUCAUUCGCCCGAACUAUGUCCUCUAUGCCAUCAUCGCGCUCAAUGCGCUCGUCUUUGCGGCGUGGCAGUACAGCACAGAGUCGUUUAGGAAGUUCAACGAUCCCAAGGCAUACAUUUUCAUGUGCAAGAACUUUCUUUUCGGAGAAAUGAAUCUUGCACAGGGGCGGAUCUGGACGUUGCUCACGAGUUGCAUCAGCCACGAGGACAGCACGCAUUUCUUGCUGAAUAUGCUGUCACUCGCUUUCAUGGGUAGCCACGUGGUCAUGCACAUUGGCAAUACGGCCUUCCUGAGCCUCUACUUUGGCGCUGGGAUCGCAACGGCGCUCGUCAGCCUCGCGUGGAACCGCUUCGUCAGCCCUUGGCUCGGCAGAGGCAUGCACAGUCCUCAAGUGAGGGCGGCGAACGGAGGCAGUCCUCAACAGAGAGCUAGUCAUGGCGCCAGCGGCUCAGUGUACGCCAUUCUGAGCACGUUUGCGUGCAUGUCUCCAAGGACAACAUUCCUCCUUUUCUUCGUGAUCCCCAUCCCCGCAUGGGCGUGCAUAAGCGGCAUCUUCGUAUGGGACCUCUCACAAGCCUGGUUCCGACCGGGUGGGCCCAUCGACUCGGCCGCUCACAUUGGCGGUAUCCUCGCCGGCGUGCUCUUCUGGCGUUUCAAGCUCAAAGGUCACCGUGUGUAA